AUGCCGUCCGGUCUGGAGCAGGCAUUGGAGCACUCCGGCACCCGCGGCCGGACAAGUGAGGGUGUCAAUGUCAAAACGUUUGUGGCUUCGCUGGCGACGGCCAUUGUCGUCUUUGCAGUGGAAUUUUUACUGUUCUUGCUUCUAAAGGGCAAGCUCACGCGAAUCUAUCAACCUCGAACCUAUCUUGUCCCGGACCGCGAACGCACCAAGCCCUCGCCGCCGGGCCUGUUCCGUUGGAUCGCUCCCGUCUUCCGCACUUCCAGUUCAGAAUUUAUCCAAAAGUGUGGACUGGACGCAUACUUCUUCCUACGUUACUUGCGCAUGCUCCUCAAAAUUUUUGUGCCUCUGGGCCUCUUGAUCUUGCCAGUGUUGCUCCCACUCAACCGAGUCGACGGCAAAGGCACAACGUACAUGAAUGUCACAAGCGGUAAUCGUUGGAACGUCACCGGCUUGGACCAGCUAGCCUGGGGCAAUGUCACUCCGCAGCAUACCAGCCGGUACUGGGCUCAUUGUGUGAUAGCCGUUAUUGUGGUGUUCUACGUUUGUGCUGUGUUUUUCGACGAGCUUCGGGGAUACAUUCGUCUCCGACAGGCCUACCUCACCUCCCCCCAGCAUCGGCUGCGAGCAUCCGCAACCACAGUGCUGGUGACGACUAUUCCGCGGGAAUGGCUUACCGUUGAAGCCCUUGAUUCCCUCUUUGAUGUCUUUCCUGGUGGGAUCAGGAACAUCUGGAUCAACCGCAACUUCGAUGACCUAAACGAGAAGGUGAAAGCACGAAACGACAUCGCUCUACGGCUUGAAGCGGCAGAAACCGAUUUGAUUGUGAAAUGCAAAAAGGCGCAGUUGAAACAGGCUCAACAUGAGGCAAAGAGGGCCGGCAAGGGCCGCACAAAGGCCGGGGACCAGGAAAAAUCAGCGGCUGAGAAACGAGACACCAGCGUGGCAAUGGGACCUGGUGUGAGUUCAGGCGAUCCUCACCAAGCACAUACGUUACAGGAGGUUUUGCAUCGUCCUCCAGAAGAGGGACCGAAAAAGAUCUCCCAGGGCGGGCCGCGGCUAGGUGUGCUUAACCCUCUGGCUGCGGCUGGUGCCGUUGGACACGGUGUGGGCAAACUGGGCAAGACCGUACUGGGUGGAGUGGAUGGGACAUUGGCACGCACUGGUGGCUUUGUUGCUACAACAGACGUCGUUCUUCCACCCCUUCGAAGCCGAAGCACUUCCCCGGAGAACCACGAACCCACUCCUGGAGACACCACUGCUCCAAAAUCCGCCCACGAUAUUUCGGAGCCGCCGACACCACAGACGGCCACUGGUGAUAAAACACUGUGUCACGAUUCUCAUUCAUUACCACCAAAGCGGCCCUUCUGGAAGAGGAAUCUGUCGUCCCAGUCGAAAAUCCACCAUCCUUCAGAGCCUGACGAGUAUCCGCUUACUGGUUCCGACUCCCCUGUCAAGCCUGGUAUCGGCCGAGAAAAAGGUCAGAAACGACAAAGUCACAAAGAAGGAGACGACAUCGAAGGCCAUCGGUACCCCAUCGCUUUCAACGAGGACUUUGAUAAUGAAGAUUUCGGAGAGCCAAUGUGGAGGAAAUACAUCCGAUCAAAAGAUCGUGAGACUCACCGUCUCCCUAUCUUUGGUUGGAGUUGGAUGCCUUCGCUUUGGCUGAUGGGCAAGAAAGUCGAUACCAUUGACUAUUGUCGAAAGGAACUGGCUCGAUUGAACCUGGAGAUUGAAGUUGAUCAACAGCAUCCCGAGCGAUUUCCGCUGAUGAACUCUGCCUUUAUCCAGUUCAACCACCAAGUGGCUGCGCACAUGGCAUGUCAGACCGUCAGUCAUCAUGUGCCCAAGCAGAUGGCCCCCCGAGUCGUGGAGAUCUCGCCAGACGAUGUCAUUUGGGACAAUAUGUCGAUCAGGUGGUGGGAACGCUAUCUGCGUACCUUUGGCAUCAUCACUCUAGUGUGCACUAUGGUCGUCGGAUGGGCUGUCCCCGUCGCGUUCACGGGUCUGCUUUCACAACUCUCUAAUCUUGAAAGCGCGUUCCACUGGUUGUCCUGGCUGAACCAGCUGCCGGAAUGGUGCAUCUCGGCGAUCCAGGGUAUCCUGCCACCGCUGUUCCUGGCGAUUCUCAUGGCAAUCUUGCCUCUCAUCCUCCGUUUUCUGAGCCGAACGCAAGGUCUUUCCACGGGAAUGGCCGUGGAAUUAACCGUUCAGCACUACUAUUUUGCCUUCCUCUUUGUGCAGCUGUUUUUCGUCGUCACAAUCGCCUCCAGCUUUGGGACGAUCAUUGAUAAUGUCACCAACGUGACCAGCUGGCCGAAUAUCUUGGCUCAGAAUAUCCCCAAGUCGAGCAACUAUUUCUUCUCAUAUAUGAUUCUGCAGGCCAUGUCGGUCAGUGCGGGUGCCCUUCUUCAGAUAUUUGGGCUAGUCAGCUGGUUUAUUCUUGCGCCCAUCUUGGAUUCGACGGCCAGAAAGAAGUGGGCACGGACGACGAAUCUGAAUCAGAUGCAAUGGGGCACGUUCUUUCCGGUCUACACAACACUGGCCUCAAUUGGGCUGAUCUACUGUGUUAUCGCACCUCUCAUCCUCGUCUUCAACAUUAUCACGUUCAGUCUUUUCUGGUUCGUUUAUCGAUAUAAUACGCUCUACGUGACCAAGUUCCAAUUCGACACCGGUGGUCUUCUUUUUCCGCGCGCAAUAAACCAGCUCUUCACUGGAAUAUACUUCAUGGAAAUGUGUCUCAUCGGGAUGUUCUUCUUGGUCCAAGAUGAAAAUGGCGAUGUUGCUUGCCAGGGACAAGCAAUCUGCAUGAUUGUGGUCCUGAUAUUGACCAUUGGAUACCAGAUCCUUCUCAACAAUGCGUUCAGUCCGCUUAUUCAGUAUCUUCCCAUUACCCUGGAAGAGGACGCUGUCCGACGCGACGGAGAAUUCCAGCGCGCUCAACACGCUCGUCUUGGCUUGACUGUCGAUGAUGACGAUGAUGAUUCGCGGCGUGCGGAACAGGAGGAAGAGCCCUCUCAAGACAUUGAACUUAACAGCCUGGAUGGCGACAAGAAACGCCAACAUGAAGAAAAUCGUUUGGCCACACCGAAACUUAAACACCAGUCGUGGGCGGAUCGCUCCCCGAACCGUCGGUCCAAGUAUUUCGGCAUCAAUUCCAUGAAAUCAGCCCCGCCUAUCAAAGCCCUACGUGAGAAGAUGGCACAGGACGCUGAGGCUCAGGUACCCACAGACCCAAUCGGUCAUGCUUUGUUUGCAGGUAUUCAUGACGAAUUGGAGGAUCUCACGCCGGACGAGCGCGACCAGUUGAUCCAGCGCGCAUUCCAACACGAGGCCCUUCGCGCCAAGCGACCUGUCAUCUGGAUCCCGCGCGAUGAUAUUGGGGUCAGUGACGACGAGGUUUACCGCACACAGCGGUUCAGCAAGCAUAUCUGGGUCAGUAACGAGUACCAGGCACUCGAUGGCAAGUGUCGGACGAUCUUCAGCCGCAGUCCGCCAGAUUUCUCAGAGGUGGAUUUGAUUCGAUUGUGA